AAUCUUUCUCAAGGAAUUUAGCAUCCUCCCCAUAAAUGCACUAUAAAUAUUUAAAAAAAUUCAUGAAGAAAAUUAAGAAGAAGAAAAAGAAAAAAAACCCAUGUCAAAUCUUCACUUAAUUGAUCAAGAUUUACUUGAGAAGUUGGUUCAUGAUGCUCUUGUUUGGAGCUCCCUUCAUGGGCUUGUUGUUGCUGAUAGAAAUUUUGAGAGAUCGUCGGUGCCUGGAGUGGGAAUGGUUCAUGCCCCUGUUGCUUUAUUACCGAAUUCAUUUCCAGAGAGUUGUUGGAAUCAAGCUUGUGAAUUGGCUCCCAUUUUCAACGAGCUAGUUGACCGUGUUAGUUUGGAUGGCAAGUUUUUACAAGAUACUCUUUCAAGGACGAAGAAAGUGGAUGUCUUUACCUCUAGACUAUUAGAUAUACACUCCAGGAUACUAGAAAUCGGCAAAAAGGAGGAUAUUCGCUUGGGAUUAAACCGCUCUGAUUAUAUGCUUGAUGAGAAAACAAAUUUACUUCGCCAGAUAGAAUUGAACACAAUUUCAUGUGCAUUCUCUGGGUUGAGUUGUCUAGUCAGUGAGCUUCAUAGGAGCUUACUAUCUCAUUAUAAAAAACCUCUUGGGCUUGAUUCCGGGAGGAUUCCAACAAACUCUUCAACAAGUAAGUUUGCAGAGGUGUUGGCGAAGGCAUGGACAGAGUAUAACAAUCCAAGUGCAGUGGUGAUGGUUGUGGUUCAACCUGGAGAACGCAACAUGUAUGACCAAUAUUGGCUGAGUACAACCCUCAAGGAAAAACAUGAUGUUACAACCAUUCGGAAGACACUGGCUGAAAUUGAUGCACAAGGGGCAAUCCUUCAGGAUGGAACUAUGUCAGUGGAUGGGGAAACUGUUGCCGUCAUAUAUUUUAGAGCUGGAUAUGCACCCACUGAUUAUCCAUCUGAAGCAGAGUGGAAAGCUAGGCUAUUGAUGGAGGAGUCUUCAGCUAUUAAGUGCCCUUCAAUCUCUUAUCAACUAACUGGCACCAAGAAAGUUCAGCAGGAGCUUGCAAAACCGAAUGUGCUUGAGAGGUUUUUUGAAAACAAAGACGAUAUAGCAAAGCUUCGGGAAUGCUUUGCUGGAUUGUGGAGUCUGGAUGAUUCGGAUGCAGUCAAAAAUGCUAUUGAGCAGCCAAGGGCAUAUGUCAUGAAGCCGCAAAGAGAAGGCGGAGGUCAGACCACAUCUGAACUUGUAUUAAUAAUCUUGUGCUACGACUGUAUUAUAGGUAACAACAUUUAUGGAGACGAUGUUGGCAAAACACUUCUAAGAAUGCAGAAAGAAGGGUCUGAAGAAGCAGCAGCUUACAUCCUCAUGCAAAGGAUUUUCCCGACUGUUUUUCCAACAAUAUUUGUACGGGAUGGCAUCUGCUAUAAAGAACAUGCCACAUCUGAACUUGGGAUAGUUAGUAUGUAUUUAAGAAUUAAAGAGGAAGUGAUUAGUAAUGAGCAUUGUGGUUACCUGAUGCGUAGCAAAGUUUCUUCAUCUAAUGAGGGUGGUGUUGCUGCUGGUUUUGGAGUUUUGGACAGUUUAUAUUUGACAUAAUUUCUGAUUAUGUAAGGAUUAUCUAUCGUUACUUCAUAAUAAUUUGGCUUGGCCAAGAGCUGAUCACUAAAUCUAAAUGUUAUCUUUGAGCUA